AUGUGGAUGUUCGGCAGACAGGGAGACCAGGGAGACCAGGGAGGACAGUCUGACGUCCAAAGAGACCAACUCCUCAUCCAUUUGACCACUUACAUCGAGCUGCACCGGACCCAUAAGGACAGAUUCAAAAACACUGCAGACUUCUUCCUCCAAGCUCAGGAACAGGAAUAUGAUAUAGGCCGGAUCUUACUGUACAUGUAUGCUCUCGGUGGGGGGUAUGUGGGCAGUGUUGUUGGCACUGUUGUUGGCUUAAUCAGUGGCGGGUUUACCGGAAGUCUGGCUGCUGUGGCUGCCGCUGCUAUUCUCAGGAAAGAGCUGAAUGCUGUGUCUGCCUCUGUGGGGUUCUUUGGAGGAAUACUGGGAAGUGUGGUGGGUGCAACGUUUGCCGGGUUCCUCGGGGGCGCUAUCGGGGCUGCAGUAGAAUCCAGCGGACACUCGGCUUACAACGAGUUGCACCUGCCGUUCUGGGGAUUAAUCGGAGGAAUCACUGGAGCUGGGAUCGGGGAUAUCUUAGGUGGGAAGGUUGGGUUAGUUGCAGGGGCUAUCGGCGGAGGCGUGGGUGGGUUCUGUGGAGUCAGUGUUCCUGUGAUGUUAAUAAAAGCCUACACGGUCGAAUAUGAUCAAACAAACAUUUCACAACAGAAAAGUAAAGCCAUAAAGUUGGAAGAAGUAACGCAGGAUUUUAAGAAGAACACGUCUCAUUUUGCUGCUGAGCUGUCAGUCAUCCACAGCAUCAGCAGUAAGAUGGUGCCAGGAGUAGAGGCGGGACGUGUGGCUGUGCAGAGCUCCUUGAGUCUUACUGCGCUUUCCAAGGCAACAAAGGCGAUCUACGAUGUGCAAAUUACACCACAAACUACCUCCUGCUGGAAGAAAGCAGCCCAACAGUGCACGCACAUGUGUGAGCAGCUGGAAAUGAUGCGACGUGAGGCUGAGAAAGUGCGGGCCUCAUGGAGCCAGUAG